CAUAAAUGCAUGGGAGAGAUCAGAGACGGUGAGUUGGUAAGAAUGAUAGAUAUAAAUAGCGAGGCAAAGUUGGAAAAAAGAUGUUGAAGUUUGAGACAUGGGAAAAUUGGGGUUAGGCCUUGUGGUAUUGCUAUGUUUGAUAGCGACGGCGAUCGCCGAACAAUGCGGUAGUCAAGCCGGUGGGAAGACAUGCCCCAACAACCUCUGCUGCAGCCAGUACGGGUGGUGCGGCAACGCCGAAGAUUACUGUUCUCCCUCCAAGAACUGCCAAAGCAAUUGCUGGGGCGGUGGCGGUGAAAGCGCUUCGAACGUGCGCGCCACUUAUCACUACUACCAACCGGAGCUGCACGGGUGGGACUUGAACGCCGUGAGCGCUUAUUGCUCCACUUGGGACGCUGGGAAGCCUUACUCGUGGCGCAGCAAAUAUGGGUGGACCGCUUUCUGUGGGCCCGUUGGGCCUCGCGGGCAGGCCUCGUGCGGAAAGUGCCUGCGGGUCACCAACACGGGCACGGGAGCCCAGACCACUGUGAGGAUCGUUGAUCAGUGCAGCAACGGAGGCUUGGAUUUGGACGUCGGAGUUUUCAACCGUUUGGAUACCGAUGGGAGAGGUUACCAACAGGGUCAUCUCAUUGUUAACUAUCAGUUUGUGGAUUGUGGGAAUGAGAUCGACCGCACCCAACCAUUACUCUCCAUUCUCGAUGCUCCUUAAUCACAUCAAUAUGUAAUAAUCGUCCAACCAAUAAUUACUUGGGGAUUUUGUUAUCCUUAAUCACAUCAAUGUCCACCUUUUAUUUUUUUUUUCUU